AAGAACCUUUCUACUUCUCCCUGUGGAGUGUCGAUAAGCCGUCCAGCGAGCCCAUGCUUGAGAAAUUCAGAAUCAACUGAUCCUAAGAGGAGAAGCUUCGUGGGCAGCCCAUUUCCUCGACCUUCCAUCAACACCGGCCAGAGAGGCGGUGCUGGGGGCGGAAGAGGAGGCUUUCACCCUAACACCCCCGCUAAUAUCCUUCAUGGCAAGGCUUCUCGCGAUAAUCACAAGAAGGAGAACGACGCAGACCAGAUCAGGAAACCCAGUAAAGUUCAGUCACCGGCUGCUACAGUAAAAGGUAGUCAGAAGCAUUUCAUGUCUCCAACAAUAUCAGCAGCUUCAAAAGCUUUAGCAGUAUCCUCCAGGAAAAAGGAGGUAUUGGUUGAGCCCAUUCGGACUUCCAUUUCAUUUUCUGGUGGAAAGCUACCUUGUAUGGAAGGCUCUGUUACAAAGGGGCUGAAUCAAAAGAAGGAAGUUUCCUUUGAUUCAAAUGUCACUUACCUGGGCGAGGACAAAGAGGAGGUCGUCCAGAGUGAAGAGGAUUUGGACUCAAAGGUGGACAAUUCUGGAACCGAUGCUGAUGGCAUGGCUUCUUUAUUGGAGACUGAGAUCGAAGAGAAGGAUCUGGUUAACUUGGACCCAAGUUUCAAAAUGAGCACCAAACCUGGAGAUCACAGUUCAACUUCCUCUUUGGCCUCUAGUGAUGUGAUGCCGCCAUUAUCACCACUUGAUGCAGAUCCAUAUAUGAAGGGAAGGAGUGGGGAUCUUAAGGAUAGAUUUUCAGCUGAAAGCCUUUCAAAUGCCGAGGUAACUGAAGAUGAGUUUUCUUCUGAUGGUUUCCAUAUAGAAACGGAUGACUUGUCUUCAGAUGUUGCUUCUGAUGAUGGAUCAUAUAAAAAGGAAGAGGAGGACAUGGAAGUAUUUGAAGCAGAUCAUCAUACUAGUGCAUCGCAGGCCACCAGUGAAGAUGCUCAACUCGGCAGCCAUGGAACCCUCAGUUCUCAACAACUUGAACUUACCUGUAUCUACCCCCCUCAACUCUCAAAUUUUGCAAGAGAGCGUUUUGAGCAAGUGACACAAAGAAUUCAGCCACUUCGGCAUCGUUAUGUAUCCUACUUGCACAAGCUGAUCCUAGGCUUCAGUCAGCGGCAUAAUAUGGUAGCGUUGGAGUAUGCGAAUCUGACUUCUUUGCUGGAAGACAGAUUAGUUGAUGAAGCCAGUGUAUUCUUCUCCAAAGCAGCCACGUUCGAAACUGGUUUGUCAUGGCCUGUGACCGAUGAAGGUGUAAAUGUGGUGUCGGUGAUGAAGAGGAGUCACCUUAUUGAAGCCACUGAAGAAGUUGUCCAGGGUGAUGUCCUUUACCAAGAAUCUGGAGACCAAGAAGAGAUUGAGGUGCUUGACCUUGAUCUUUCUGUCCACCACACUUCUAAUGAAGCUGAAGAAAAGAAUAUAGAUGAACUUGUUGAUAAAUCAUGUCUAGAGGCUGCACUGGUUGUUGGAGGACAAGACAAUUCUGAACAGCUAGUACCAGACACCUUUUCUCAGGUUGAGGGCAUCCCAGAUGAUAGCUCAGCUACAUUGAAAGUUCCAGAAGCCAUUAUGAACACGCUGGCAGGCGCCCAAGAAAGGAUUGAAAUUCCACAGGAGGAGACUCUGGUUGCCAGAGAACUUGAAAGUGAACUCGAUGUGACUUCUGCAGAAAUUCAAGAUCAGCCUAUUACGAAGACGAGAGAAAUGGUUGCUUCAGCACAUGUUGUGGCAGGAAUUGCUAUCUUGCUCUUAUCACCGGUCUUCUUGCAGUCAUAG